UCCAUUCCUCUCCAACUCAACGUCAGUCUGUCAGAGACCGUCUGAGCGCGCGCACACACACUCUGUGCCCCUCUCACACACUCUCUGGCACACACGCGGGCAUUGACGCACACACACACACACACACACAGGCUCGCUGUGUCGGACCCGGGAGGAGAGGAAAAGAAAGGAGAGAGCUCCUGUUUAUUUGCCUCCAACUUCUCUCUUUGCUUCUACUUGUGUCUUUCUGUCUCUUCUUGUCCACCAAUGCGAGGAUUGUAUUACUGUUCUCACUGUUGUUAUCACUGCUGUCCCGAACUAAGGAAAACCAGUUUAAGGACCAGACGGGAGUAUGUAAAAUAAUCCGCACGACUGAGCAAAAACACGAAGAAAAAAGAAGAAAAGAAAUGGAUAAACGGAGUUAUUCUCUCGUUUUGCCUGCAGCUUUCCUCUACUUUGUACUUUUGGGAUUUACUGCCGGACAAUUCUUUCCAGGUGGCUGUACAUUUGAGGAUUCAUACAGCAGCUGUGGGUACAGCGUUUCUCUUGGAACCAAUGGAUUUACCUGGGAACAAGUCAACUCCUGGGAAAAACCCACCAUGGACCCUGCUCUGCCUACUGGUUCGUUCAUGGUGGUGAACGCGUCGGGCCGGGCGUCAGGACAGAAGGCUCACCUUUACAUGCCCACCCUGAAGGAGAAUGACACACACUGCAUUGACUUCCUGUACUCCCUGUCCAGCCGGGACGGAGCCAGCCCCGGCACGCUCAACGUCUAUAUCAAGGUGAACGGGGGCGCACAGGGUAACCCGGUAUGGAACGCCUCUGAUACUGUUACUGAAGGCUGGGUGAAGGCUGAGCUGGCCAUUUCUACAUUCUGGCCUAACUCCUAUCAGGUAAUAUUCGAGGCGGUUUCAGUUCAAGGCCAUCCAGGUUUCAUCGCCAUCGACGACAUACGAGUCCUGGCUCACCCCUGCCGUAAAGCCCCUCACUUCCUGCGUCUGCAGAAUGUGGAGGUGAACGUGGGUCAGAAUGCUACGUUUCAGUGUACUGCUGGAGGGAAAUGGUCUCAGCAUGAUAAACUCUGGCUACAGCAAUGGAACGGGAGGGACACGGCGUUGAUGGUGACCAGGGUGGUGAACCACCGGCGUUUCUCGGCAACCGUCAGCGUUGGAGACACAUCCCAGCGCAGCACCAGCCGCUACCGCUGCGUCAUCCGAUCAGACGGCGGGUCAGGCGUGUCCAACUAUGCCGACCUCAUCGUUAAAGCUCCUCCCACCCCAAUUGCUCCGCCUGAGCUUCUCGCAGUUGGCGCCACCUACCUUUGGAUCAAACCCAACGCCAACAGCAUCAUCGGCGACGGGCCGAUCAUCCUGAAGGAGGUGGAGUACCGCACAACUUCAGGGAACUGGGCGGAGACCCACGUGGUGGACUCCCCCACCUAUAAACUGUGGCACCUGGAUCCAGAUGUGGAGUACGAGAUCAAGGUCCUGCUGUCCAGACCUGGGGAGGGAGGAACAGGGCCGCCGGGGCCGCCUCUGGUCACCAGGACUAAAUGUGCAGAUCCAGUCCAUGGUCCCCAAAACGUCAAUGUGGUGGAUGUCAGAGCCCGCCAGCUGACUAUACAGUGGGAGACGUUUGGGUAUGCUGUGACACGCUGCCACAGCUACAAUCUGACGGUGCAGUACCAAUACGUGUUUAACCAGCAGGAGUUUGCAGCGGAGGAGUUGAUCCAGACGUCAUCACAUUACACUCUGAGGGGGCUGAGGCCCUUUGUCACGGUCAGACUGCGGCUGGUCCUUGCCAACCCCGAGGGCAGCAAAGAGAGCGAGGAGAUAGUCAAACAGACAGAGGAGGAUGUGCCUGGCUCGGUGCCGAUGGAGUCUCUGCAGAAUACGCCCUAUGAAGAGAAGAUUUUCAUGCAGUGGAAAGCCCCCAACGAGACCAACGGGGUCAUCACACUGUACGAGAUUACCUACAAGGCCCUGAGCUCUUUGGACCCCAGCGCCGAUCUGACAACCCAGAGGGGACGGGUGUUCAAGCUGAGGAAUGAGACCCAUCACCUGUUCGUAGGCCUCUACCCAGGGACCACCUACUUCUUCACCCUCAAAGCCUCCACAAACAAGGGCUUCGGCCCGCCUGUCACCACCCGCAUCACCACUAAGAUAGCAGCCCCCAUGAUGCCAGAGUACGAGUCUGAGGCUCCACUGAACGAGACAGAGACCACCAUCACCAUCCUGCUGAAGCCCGCCCAAUCACGUGGCGCACCAAUCAGCUCCUACCAGCUCGUUGUGAAGGAGGAACGCAAGUCCAAGACCCGCCGCGCCGCCUCCGAUACCCCUGAAUGUUUCUCUGCCCCUGUCAGCUUCCGCAAUGCCUCCAUCUUGGACUCACCCUACUACAUCGCUGCUGAGCUGCCCCCGUCCAGUCUCACAGUUGUACAGCCGUUCACGGUGGGAGACAACAAGAGCUACGGCGGCUUCUGGAAUCCGCCACUGUCACCGGCCAAGAGCUACAGCAUCUACUACCAGGCCAUGAGCAGAGCCAAUGGGGAAACCAAAAUCAACUGUGUCCGUCUGGCUAACAAAGUGGUAAUAGGUAGGGGACAAAUAACAACGCCGUACAUUCUAGUCAUCCCAAGCGAAGGUGCAUCCACCCAGGACUCAGAUGCCAUGGAGCCAGAGAAGCAGGUGGACAGCACAGUGAAAAUGGCUGGAGUGAUCGCAGGGAUCCUUAUGUUCAUCAUCAUCCUCCUCGGCCUCGUCCUCACCUUCAAACGCAGAGAGAUUCACACAUGGAGAACUCUGAGCGUGGGGAAGUUGGCAAAGAAGCAGAAGGAGACUGCCAGCAGCUCCACCCAGCAGAGGGAGAUGGGUCCGGUUACCACAGCUGAUAAGAGCACCACUAAAGUCAGCACCCUGCACAAAGACGACCCCUUCUCCACCUCCAACCAGGACCUCAAUGGAUUCACCUCCCCCUCUCCCUGCUCCUUCUCUGUGCAGGGAAGCAAGACACUGCAGAGCAAAUCCCUGCUGAAUUCCUACUACUCGGUGUCCAAAGAGCCAGUUCCAGCCACAACUUCUAUAGACAGCAGCCAGCCGUCUCUCGCCCAGCCCUCUCUGACCCUGCAGAGUUUUCCCUAUGGAGGCUGUGAGUCUGUGGAGCUCUCCUACCAGAGUGGUCAGUUCCAGGCAGGCCAGUUUCAGCCGGCUAUUCGAGUUGCCGACCUCCUCCAACACAUCACCCAGAUGAAAUGUGGACAGGGUUAUGGUUUCAAGGAAGAAUAUGAGGCCCUGGCGGAGGGACAGACGGCGCCCUGGGAAACGGCCAAGAAAGAUGAGAACCGCAACAAGAAUCGCUAUGGCAACAUCAUCGCUUACCCCACAGACGAUCACACCAGAGUCCGACUGCAACUGCUGGACGGAGAUCCCCACUCUGACUACAUCAACGCCAAUUAUAUCGACGGGUACCAUAGACCCAGACAUUACAUCGCCACACAAGGGCCCAUGCAGGAGACAGUGAGGGAUUUCUGGAGGAUGGUCUGGCAGGAAAACUCGGCCUCUAUCGUCAUGGUUACCAAUUUGGUGGAGGUGGGCAGGGUGAAGUGUGUGCGUUACUGGCCGGAUGAGACAGAGGUUUAUGGAGACAUCAAGGUGACCCUGAUAGAAACUGAACCACUUGCUGAAUACGUCAUAAGGACAUUCACCGUCCAAAAGAAGGGUCAUCAUGAGAUCCGCGAACUGCGUCAGUUUCAUUUCACCAGCUGGCCUGACCAUGGCGUUCCCUGUUACGCCACCGGACUGCUUGGCUUCAUACGACAGGUCAAGUUCCUCAACCCGCCUGAUGCUGGGCCCAUAGUGGCACACUGCAGUGCUGGCGCAGGGAGGACGGGCUGUUUCAUUGCAGUGGACAUCAUGUUGGACAUGGCGGAGAAUGAAGGCGUGGUGGACAUUUUCAACUGCAUCAGAGAGCUGAGAUCACAACGAGUCAACAUGGUCCAGACAGAGGAGCAAUAUGUGUUUGUUCACGAUGCCAUCUUGGAGGCGUGUCUAUGUGGGAACACAGCCAUACCAGUGUGUGAGUUCAGAGCCAUUUACUACAACAUCAGCAGACUGGACCCACAGACCAACUCCAGCCAGAUUAAAGAUGAGUUCCAGACUCUGAAUAUAGUGACCCCUAGAGUUCGUCCAGAGGACUGCAGCGUGGGUUUGCUACCCAGGAACCACGACAAGAACCGCAGUUUGGAUGUUCUAUCAGCAGACCGAUGCCUUCCUUUCCUCAUAUCUGUGGACGGAGAGAGCUCCAAUUACAUCAAUGCUGCAUUAAUGGACAGCCACAAACAGCCAGCGGCCUUCAUUGUUACCCAGCAUCCUUUGCCAAACACCAUGGGCGACUUCUGGAGGCUGGUGUUUGACUACAAUUGCUCCUCUAUUGUAAUGCUCAAUGAGAUGGACGCAGCACAGUUAUGUAUGCAGUACUGGCCAGAAAAGAGUUCGUGUUGCUAUGGUCCCAUUCAAGUGGAAUUCAUAUCGGCAGACAUCGAUGAAGACAUCAUCAAUCGAAUCUUCAGGAUCUGCAACAUGGCCAGGCCACAGGACGGUUACCGCCUGGUGCAGCACUUUCAGUUCAUCGGCUGGCCGGCCUACAGGGACACGCCUCUCUCUAAACGCUCAAUCCUCCAGUUGGUCAGGAGGUUGGCUAAGUGGCAGGAGCAGUAUGACGGAGGAGACGGGAGGACUGUGGUACACUGCCUAACCGGCGGAGGGCGUUCUGGAACGUUCUGUGCCAUCUGCAGCAUAAAUGAGAUGAUCCAGCAGCAGAACAUUGUGGAUGUUUUCCACACCGUCAAAACACUGAGGAACAACAAGACUAAUAUGGUGGAGACUAUGGAACAGUAUAAGUUCUGCUAUGAAGUGGCUUUGGAGGCGCUCAGCUCCUUCUGAUUGGCUGUGGGCUGAACAUCUCUUUUCUGAUUCGCCGUUGACGCUGCCUGUCAUUCUCAACGCAACACUGGGUCACACAAAGUGCAAAACUGCUUUGUGUUGACCUGAACCCAACCUGUGAGCCUGUGUGUGUGAGUGUGUGUGUGUGUGUGUGUGUGUGUGUGUGUGUGUGUGUUUUUGAGAGUGUGUGCACUCUGUGUGAAUAAGAGAGGGCAUGCUUGCAUAUUUGACUGUGCGCGUGUGUAUCUAUGUGUGUGCCUGUAAAAACACACACGCAACCUGUACAGAAGAGAAAAAAAAAGGCGACAGACAUACACACCAGUGAUUUUCAUGUGUGUGUUCGCUUCAGCAAGACUGGGGACUUUACAUGCUUGUACAAAGAAAAAAGAAAAAAUGAUACGUUGAAAAAACAAAAUCAGAUGUUAAAAAAAGCGCCACUUUUUCCUUCUCUAUCUCUCUGUCCUCUCUGCUGGGCUGUGAUGUGACUAUUGUACAGUAUUUCCUUUUUAGAUAUACUCUAUGCCUUGAAUGUUGUCUCCCUCUGAAGGCUGGAUGCACACUGGAAGAUUUUUGAGAACUUUCACAUUUAGCUGAGGUUCAAGCGAUGCCUCGACUCUGCAUUUUGAACUCCAGUGUUUAUCCACAGAGUAUUUGUAGAAAGUAAUGAAACAUGUCUGGCUGACUUUAGCUGAAAUGUGGAUGUUGUUGAUGAUUCAGUUAGCUGGAUCAAAGCAAAAACCAACAGACACUUGUUAAUAUUUCUGGCAUUUUUCUUUGAAAUCACAAGCUGAUGAAUUUUCCUUGAGGCUCGGGCCUCCUGACUGCGUUAAUGAUACUUGUAAUUCAGUAAUUGGUUACAAAAUAUUCUCAGUAUGGUUUCUUUUCCUUCAUACUGCAUCAAGUCAACAGUUUCGCUUGAAAAAUGUGGUUGCAAAUACUGUUAAACAGGAAGAAGUAGCAUGUCACAAGCUACAGUGAGUGGAGUCUAGUGCAUGGUGAAGAAUAACAACAGCAUUAAACACACAAAAGAAAAAGAAAUCAUGCCUUGCCUUUAAGACCAAAUGUUGUUGUUGUUGUUGUUGUCUCUGCUCCAGGUUUUUUUUUUUCAUUGGGGCUGUAAGAAAAAAAAAAGUUUCAUAAAUCUAUUUUGGAAGACUUUACGUAAAGUCGGUUUUGUCAAAAUCUUAUAGUGUGCAUCCACCCUUACUGUAAAUACGAUAAGACAACCACAGUCAAACAAACAAACAGACAAACAUCAUGCACCAGACACAUUUCAAAAUAAAGGUUUCAUUUCAAAACACUAUCGCUCUGAAAAGCUGUGUCGGUGACAUUUUCCGCGACUUGGUGGCUAUAGUUUGGAACAAAGUCUUAUUAUUAUACCUUACAAACUGUCCAUUUAGACAUGUUGUCUAAAGAAUUAAGAUAUAUAUUUUUGCAUAUUGCACAUUUAGCUGACGCCCACAUUCAGAGUGACUUAAAAUGAGGAAGCCGAUGGCAGUUAAGUUUUAUCCUUAAGGAGACAUUAAGAACAUGGCUGUUUGGGUUGAACUUGUGAUGCUCUGGGUACAGGAAACGUUUUUCAAACAACGAUGUCAGACUGCAUCUUGUUUGUGGUAUUAACGGCAGUGACACGCUCUCACUGAAGAUAACAAAAACCCUCCAUACAGUCAUUCCAUAUAAAAAAUUAUGUAACUUAUUCUACUUUUUUCCAGUUGGUUUAUGUGGUUUAACAUACUUGCUUUGAAAGGACAAACUGGGAUAAAUUAUUAACUGAAAUCAAGACUAGCCUAACCAUGUUUACCCGCAUGCCUCCUGAACUGUAUGCAGGCAAAAUCAAUCACUCAGUAGCCCAACAUUAGUUUUCACCACGUUUUAUUGGUUUUGAUCAUUUUGACUUCGCCUGAGCAAUGAAAAUUGUGUACUUCAUUUCUUUCUCCUCACUUUUCUUUCGUAUCUAAUGCCAAGGCAGAUGGUAUUCAGUUCAACACAACAGCAUUAGCAUGGGGGGAAACAAUAUACACAAACUUUUCACUCAUUGUUUCCAGUAUCUGGCAAGCAUUAGUCUCGAAAAUAAGAUCAUUCAGAAAUGAGUUGCAAAUCAGAAUUGCUUAUGGAUGAACGCAGAGUAAAGUUGACCCACAGUGAUCAAAAAGAUAGACUCGUUAGUUUUCCUGAUUAAGAUCAGAUCCAUAAGCCAUGCUGUGUUUCAUGUUAGACAUUCUGGAUACAUUUCAGUGAAAAAGAAGCUCUGGGAUUAGACCGUUUCCCCAGCCUGCCGUCUUUCAUUAAAACGAUAACACAAAGACAAAGAGACAGGUCACAUUUACUUUUCCUCUGCAAACAAAGCCUCACAUUUGCUUUUUCGACAAGCCCAUUGAGGUGUGCAGGUUUAAAAAUUCAUUUAACAAACUCUCUUUCCAGUCCGAUAGGAAAUGAUUUCAGUUGACGGUUGAUCCCAGUGGAAGGAGGUCAACAUGGCUGACAGUUCAGAUGCCACUGCAGCGCAAAGGACAUGUUGGGGAGUUAAUGAGGAUUAUACAGGACCUCAGCAUUAUCUCCUCAUUUGAUCAGAAUUUCAUCUUUUAACGAACAUAUUUCUCUUAAGUCCAUUCAAAAGAUGUGAGGAGAACUAAACAGGCUAAUUUUAAAGUCACACUGCCCGUUUCCGUUUAGCACCCUCUAAACUGUGUUGAGUCAUAAGGACUGUGAUAAUAUUUAGGGAUUCGUUGGCACUUUUGGUGGCUAAAGAAUAGUCGCUGUGUCGUCUGAGGUAAUAUGGACAAUGAAAGAACAGAUUAAGGGCUUCAUUUUCAAACACCACAGAUCUGUUUUAGAAGAAUCAUCGAAAUCGAUUUUGUAAGCCAAUAUCUUAAAAAAAAUAAAACUAUUUGUAUUUACCUUUACGUCAUCAAUUCAUACCAGCAGGAGUCAGUAUUUGGAGACAAUGGAUUCCCCAGUUUGGAAUAAAACUUCACAUUUAAGGGCGGUGAAGGUGGAUCUCUGGUGAACAUUUUGUUUAGUUAGCAAAGAUUGCUCGUAGGUGUCAAUGCUCUUGGCCAGAAUCGGCAUACUUGUGGCAAAAUGUUGUGGCAAACUGUUCAGUCCGCGCUUGCGUUUUAUUUGUGUGCUGGAGUCCAGUCAGGCUCCUUAAUGGACCUAUCAAGACAAAGACAGCAAGAGUGUUGUAUUGAAGACAAUGUGAAUGCCAGAAAUGUUUAUCAUUUAUAUUUCCACUAAGGCUUUAUUUUAUUGGCUUGGUUCAUGGCCGUUCAUCUGUAUUAUAUAUUUUGUUUGUUUUCUUUUUGCAUUUUUAUUUGUCCUGAAUUUGUACAUUUCUUUUGUAUAAUUAUUAUUCCGAUGAUUAUUUGUCUAGCAAAGUGUUGUUUAGAUCUGGUGAUGCCAUUACCAUUGGUUGUUUAGUUGUUUGAAAUGUGGUUAACAUGAAAUAAAGGGACCAAAAUGUUAAA